AUAUAGUGAAUGCAGGGUCCGGGGAGAGCGGAUAUAGUGAAUGCGGGGUCCGGGGAGAGCGGAUAUAGUGAAUGCGGGGUCCGGAGAUAGCGGAUAUAGUGAAUGCAGGGUCCGGGGAGAGCGGAUAUAGUGAAUGCGGGGUCCGGGGAGAUCAGAUAUAGUGAAUGCGGGGUCGGGGAGACCGGAUAUAGUGAAAAUGCGGGGUCCGGGGAGAGCGGAUAUAGAGAAUGCAGGGUCCGGGGAGAGCGGAUAUAGUGAAUGCGGGGUCCGGGAGAGACCAGAUAUAAGAAUGCAGGGUCCGGGGAGAGCGGAUAUAGAGAAUGCAGGGUCCGGGGAGACUGGAUAUAGAGAAUGCAGGGUCCUG